UAAGUGAAACGGUAUACAAGAACAGUUCAUGGUAAAUUGGGGAAAAAUUUAAUUUGAAAAACAGAAUUUGCCAUACCACCAGUACGUCAGCACUGCCACGCCUAUCAUACGGAGGGCGGGUAGGCCAUAUCAUAUGACUGAAACAAGAAGACCUAGCUACAAUAUAUUCUAGCUAAUGGGCGGUGGGAAUUCAAUUGUGUGUAGCAGCUAGCUAGUUGUUUGACAGCACAAUUCUAAUUUAAGUUCUUUUGAUGCUAAUUUCGCUGGGUUCUUUACAUUUAGCUUGACUUUUGUGAGUUUCAAAUUGACAAACUAGUCGUGGAAAAUGACGAACGUUAUUCAAGUGACAAAUGUGUCUCCGAGCACCACCUCCGAACAGAUGAGAACUCUCUUCGGAUUUCUGGGAAAUAUUGAAGAGCUUAAGUUAUUUCCACCCGAUGAAUCUCCCUUGCCUGUGACUUCACGUGUCUGUUUUGUAAAGUUCCUUGAGACGGAGUCGGUUGGAGUGUCCCAGCAUCUGACCAACACUGUCUUCGUGGACAGAGCCCUGAUUGUUGUCCCAUUUGCAGAAGGAGUGAUUCCUGACGAGUCUAAAGCUCUGUCACUGCUGGCACCAGCGAAUGCUGUGGCGGGAUGCAUGCCUGGAGGGGGCCUUCUCCCCACUCCAAAUCAUUUGGCGUCUAUGGGAGGUGUGCCCCUUUCAGCUCUUGGAAAUCCAAACAUGGAUCCCAUGGUUGCCAUGGGCAUGUCUGGCAACAUGAACCCUCAGGCCCUCUCUGCUGACUUUCUGAAGCUUAUGCAAUCCAUGGAUCCUACUAAGAUGAAUCCAAUGGCUGCUGGUAUGAUGGUUAAUCAUGGUAUGAAGAAUGACUCCAACAAGGAGAUUGAGGCUGCCAUGAAGAGGGUCAGAGAGGCCCAGUCUCUCAUCUCUGCAGCUAUUGAGCCUGGAAAUAAGAAAGACGACAAGCGCAAGCAUUCCCGCUCCAGCUCUCGGUCAAGGCGGAGGAGGUCCAGGUCUCGCUCUCGUCACAGGCGAUCGAAGAGCAGGUCUCGACGGAGGUCGCACUCGAGGAGCUGGAGGCGGUCGAAGAGCCCCCGCAGAAGGAAGUCCCACUCCAGAGAGAGGGGCAGACGCAGCAAAUCCAGGGAUAAGAAGAAAGAGGAGAAAUCUAAGAAGCGCUCCAAGACGCCGCCUAAGAGCUACAGCAGUACCAGGAGGUCUCGAAGCAUCAGUCGGAGACGUAGAAGAAGCCGCAGUGCCUCUCGGUCACCAAAGAAAUCCAGGUCCCCAAAGAGGAAACUGUCCAGGUCCCCUUCCCCUAGAAGGCACAAGAAGGACAAAAAGAAGGACAAAGAACGAGAGAAGGACAGGGAUCGCGAGAGGAAAGAGGUCAGAGGCCGAGACGAAAGAGAACGAUCCACCAGCAAGAAGAGCAAAGACCAGGAGAAGGACCACGACCGUAAAUCUGACGGCGAGAAAGGAGAUGUCAAGAGCUCUUUGCUCUUGCAGGUGACCAGGGAUUAUGAUGAGGAGGAGCAGGGCUAUGACAGUGGAAAAGAGGUAGAGGAAGAAGAGAGGAAGAGCAACCCUGAUUUGGUGUCAUCCCCUAAGCCCCGGGAGGAGUCUGAAAAGAAGCCUGCAGAGGAGAGCAGCAAGAACUCCAAACAGAAUGGAGAUGACCACCAUGAUGAGGAUGACAUGGAGAUGAGUGACUGAGUGCACCCAGAGAGACCCAGCCAGAUGACAUCAUGGAUCACUUAACCUUAAAUUAAUACUUGCAGGUGUCUGCUGUUUUGUAGUCUUAUUGGAGUUGCAUUUUAGAGACCUGUUAGGGAAAUCUUUUUCUGUUUGGAAUGGCAGUUUAUUUUUGUAGUGGACAUUACCAGUGAGCAUGUGUAGGAAUCUGGCCCAAAUGAGUACCUUUUUUGUAAAAGAUGACAGUUUAAAAAAAUGUCACAUUGCUGUACUACUUUUUCUUUAAGUUGAAUGUGAGCAAUUUUGAAAGCGUUUCUAUUUUGGUCCUCAAAAGAUUUUACUCAUCUUGAAUGUAGAGAACUGUUUUCUCCUGAAAUGGUGUAUUUAAAUUUACAGGACAGGGUUUAAUCCCCAGCUUACUCACUGUUAAUCUUAUUUAGCCUGGUACCAUUGUUUUUGGUGCAGUGCAGCUUUCUAUUCUUUGUUAGAAUCCUGAUAAAUUGACUCCUGUUAAGUGUUUAAUACUGUUGUGUCCAGUCAUACCCUCCCACCCUUGUGACGAUAUACUGUAGAUCAAAAUGAGUGUUUGUGGAUUAUGAUGAACACCCUGUACUGUCUGCAACAUGUUUUACAAAGGAUCUAAUAAAACUUGGUCAACAUGGC